AUGGGCAAACCAAAGCGCUCCGCCCUUCAGGCGGCUGAAGACACUCUGACCCCUCCGGCAACCUUGGAAAAGAACCAGGCCAUCGUGCGCGUCGUCAAGGCCGAGGGCAACAACCUCUAUGCCUGCGAGCUGCCCAACAAGAAGGACUUUAUCCUCGAGCUCGCCCAACGUUUCCGCAACACGAUAUGGAUCAAGCGCGGCGGCUUCGUCUUGGCCGAGAGAUACGAGGAGAACGACGGGCGUGUCAUGGGCGAAAUCAUCAACGUCGUUCGCGACGAGAAGGCCUGGCGCAAGCAAGCUUACUGGCCCAAGGAGUUUGUCAAGACCAACACGUACGAAGACAGCGACGAAGAAGAGUCCAAUGUGGGCAAGAUGCCGCCAUCCGAUUCCGAGGACGACUACUGA